ACCGCCCCACCACAAGUGACACCAAAGCCGCAGCCGCUUGUGGCGACUGGUAAUUGGACGACUGAGCUCGUCCAACUUGCCAAGACAGCUGAACUCAAAAAACAUUCCCUGACGCUGCAACUCCAUACCGCUAAUAUAGUUGCUGCCCAUAAUACCCUCGAACAAAAGGAUAAGACAAUUCAGGAUAUCAAAGAGCAAAAAAACCGAUUGGAUAGCGAACGUGCACGGUUACUUAACGCACUCGCAGAGAUAAAUGCAGACCGUGACAAGGUGGAUCUCCUCGAAGCAUCCAUCACACGGGAAUGUGCGGAUCUGAGGCAACAAAUCCAAACCCUCCAAGAAGGUGAAUAUGCUAUCGCAAAAGCGGAUGUUGAUCGCUUGCGGGCCGAGCUCGGUCAGCCCCCGCUCCCCCCACUCCAAACUAAGCUUGAUGAGAAGACGUCUCAGUAUUUGCGUGAUCGUCGCGUGAAUGGCGAGAAGCGCACUGUGAGCGACAGUCAACCAGAUCAGCCUAACACGACGAAACGUCCACGAGGUCGGCCCAAGGGCAGCAAAAACCGUGGUGGCAAAGCAGGUGGCAACGCACCUAGCGGAAGUGCGAGUACU